GCCUCUCCCUUAUUGCCUGUGUCCAGAAUGAGUCAGCUGAGGCUGCUGCCAUCCCGGCUUGGAGCACAGACCUCAAGGCUCCUGGCCCCACAUGGCGUCCAGAGGCUCAGCUGGUGCAGUACAUCAUCUGGGCCACCCGCCGCCUUCCCAAGCAGCAAAGUUGGAGGCAGCUCCAGUUACAUGGAAGAGAUGUACUUCGCCUGGUUGGAAAACCCACAGAGUGUCCACAAGUCCUGGGACAGCUUCUUCCGGAAAGCCAGCAAGGAAGCCCCGUAUGGCCUGUCUCAGCCCCAGGCCCCUUCUGUCAUCCCUGAGAGCAGGCCGGCAGUCUCGAGCUGGACUAAGACCAGCAAGCUGGUGGAGGACCACCUGGCUGUGCAGUCCCUGAUCCGGGCCUACCAGAUCCGGGGCCACCAUGUGGCCCAGCUGGACCCCCUGGGCAUUCUGGACGCAGACCUGGACUCCUUUGUGCCCUCAGACUUAAUCACAACCAUCGAUAAAUUGGCCUUUUACGACCUGCGGGAGGCUGACCUGGAUAAGGAAUUCCAGCUGCCCACAACUACCUUUAUUGGGGGCUCCGAACACACCCUUUCUCUGCGCGAGAUCAUUCGGCGUCUGGAGAGCACAUACUGCCAGCACAUCGGUCUGGAGUUCAUGUUCAUCAAUGACGUGGAGCAGUGCCAGUGGAUCCGACAGAAGUUCGAGACCCCUGGCGUGAUGCAGUUCUCCAGCGAGGAGAAGCGGACCCUGCUGGCGCGGCUGGUGCGCUCCAUGAGGUUUGAAGACUUCCUGGCCCGGAAGUGGUCCUCAGAGAAGCGGUUUGGCCUGGAGGGCUGUGAGGUCAUGAUUCCUGCCCUCAAGACCAUCAUCGACAAGUCCAGUGAGAUGGGGAUUGAGAAUGUCAUCCUGGGAAUGCCACACAGGGGCAGGCUGAACGUGCUGGCCAACGUCAUCCGCAAGGACCUGGAGCAGAUCUUCUGCCAGUUUGACCCCAAACUGGAGGCAGCAGACGAGGGCUCUGGAGACGUCAAAUAUCACCUCGGCAUGUACCACGAGAGAAUCAACCGAGUCACAAACAGGAACAUCACUCUGUCGCUUGUGGCCAACCCCUCCCACCUGGAAGCCGUGGACCCCGUGGUACAGGGGAAGACGAAGGCAGAGCAGUUCUACCGUGGGGAUGCCCAGGGCAGGAAGGUCAUGUCCAUCCUGGUCCACGGAGAUGCCGCCUUUGCCGGCCAAGGGGUGGUCUAUGAGACCUUCCACCUGAGUGACCUGCCCUCUUACACCACCAAUGGCACUGUGCACGUGGUCGUCAACAACCAGAUUGGCUUCACCACAGACCCCCGGAUGGCCCGCUCCUCCCCGUACCCCACCGACGUGGCCCGUGUGGUCAACGCACCCAUUUUCCACGUGAACGCGGAUGACCCAGAGGCCGUGAUAUAUGUGUGCAGCGUGGCGGCUGAGUGGAGGAACACCUUUAAUAAAGAUGUCGUGGUGGAUCUGGUCUGUUACCGCCGGCGCGGCCACAAUGAGAUGGAUGAGCCCAUGUUCACGCAGCCACUCAUGUACAAGCAGAUCCACAGACAGGUGCCCGUGCUGAAGAAGUAUGCCGACAAGCUCAUAGCCGAGGGCACGGUCACCCUGCAGGAAUUCGAGGAAGAAAUCGCCAAAUAUGACCGGAUCUGUGAGGAGGCAUAUGGCAGGUCCAAGGAUAAAAAGAUCUUGCAUAUUAAGCACUGGCUGGACUCCCCCUGGCCUGGCUUCUUCAGUGUGGACGGGGAGCCCAAGAGCAUGACAUGCCCAGCCACGGGAGUUCCUGAGGACGUGCUGACCCACAUCGGCGAAGUGGCCAGCUCUGUGCCCCUGGAGGACUUUAAGAUCCACACAGGCCUCUCUCGCAUCCUGCGGGGCCGCGCAGACUUGACCAGGAUGCGGACCGUGGACUGGGCGCUGGCAGAGUACAUGGCCUUCGGCUCCCUGCUCAAGGAGGGUAUCCAUGUGCGGCUCAGCGGGCAGGACGUGGAGAGGGGCACGUUCAGUCACCGGCACCAUGUUCUCCACGACCAGGAAGUGGACCGGAGGACGUGUGUCCCGAUGAACCACCUCUGGCCUGACCAGGCCCCUUACACUGUGUGCAACAGCUCUCUCUCGGAGUAUGGAGUCCUGGGCUUUGAGCUGGGCUACGCCAUGGCCAGCCCCAACGCCCUGGUCCUCUGGGAGGCCCAGUUUGGUGACUUCCACAACACGGCCCAGUGCAUCAUCGACCAGUUCAUCAGCACGGGUCAGGCCAAGUGGGUGCGGCACAACGGCAUCGUGCUGCUGCUGCCCCACGGCAUGGAGGGCAUGGGCCCGGAGCACUCCUCAGCAAGGCCCGAGAGGUUCCUGCAGAUGAGCAACGAUGACUCGGACGCCUACCCCGUGCUGCGUCGCCAGAUCCUCCUGCCCUUCCGCAAGCCGCUGAUCAUCUUUACACCCAAAUCUCUGCUGAGACACCCAGAGGCCAAGUCCAGCUUUGACCAAAUGGUAUCUGGGACCAGCUUCCAGCGGGUGAUUCCUGAGGAUGGGGCAGCGGCGCGGGCUCCUGAGCAGGUGCGGCGGCUCAUCUUCUGCACGGGAAAGGUGUACUACGACCUGCUGAAGGAGCGGAGCGGCCAGGGCCUGGACGAGCAGGUGGCCGUCACGCGCCUGGAGCAGAUCUCCCCGUUCCCCUUCGACCUGAUCAAGCGAGAGGCGGAGAAGUACGCGGGCGCGGAGCUGGUGUGGUGCCAGGAGGAGCACAAGAACAUGGGCUACUACGACUACAUCAGCCCGCGCUUCAUGACCAUCCUGGGCCGGGCGCGGCCCAUAUGGUAUGUUGGCCGAGACCCAGCGGCGGCACCAGCCACGGGAAACAGGAAUACUCACCUGGUGUCUCUGAAGAAGUUUCUAGAUACUGCCUUCAAUCUCCAGGCCUUUGAGGGCAAGACAUUUUAGAGCCUGCUUGGGUCUUGCCGUGGGGUUCGUUGAGGACGCUGGGGACACUGGGGGCUGGCUGGUUCUCCUGCCCAGGAGAGGGGCUGUCAGGGGCCCCAGGAUAAAACAUACCCAUGUGGUGAUCAAGGCCAAAGAGUAGAUAUUGCCAACCAGGGUAUCAUGCCAUCUUGUCCUUUGUUUCAGAACCUUUUAGGGCGGAGAAGGCCAGAGGGGUCUGACAAAUGGGCUGUAGUUCUGGGCUGUUUCCCCAGGUGCCCUGGUCUCUCUGGAGUUUCUGUGUGGCUUCUCCGUCUGUGUCUUUCAUGUCUCUGCAGACAGCCAGCUACCCGGGGGCCUGUAGCUUUGGUCUCUCUCUCCCAUCCUGGCAGAUAGGGCUGUACACCUUGUCCUCAUGCAUCUGUAGAUUCAAGAAAUGUUCUCUUUUGUGCUCUUAGAAAUAGUAGGUUUUUUUUAGCAAUAGCAACCAGGUGAAGCAAAACCAUGCCAGGUGAUUUAUACAUGCUCUGUUUUAUGGGGUGUGUCACAAUGAGACAUGUCAGCUUCUGUGUGAAAUACAGCUGCAGCUCACGUGUACCAAAGUAGAAAACCGAAUAACAGAGAAAUUAAAAAAUGCAUAAGAGAGA